AGCCGGCUCGUCCCCUCCGCGGCCCCUGCGCUCCCCGCAGCCCGCCCGUCCGCCCGCCCGCCCGGUGCGCUGCUCGCCAUGGCGGCCACCGAUCUGGAACGCAUCUCGAAUGCAGAGCCUGAGCCCCGGAGCCUGUCCCUGGGCGGUCAUGUGGGGUUUGACAGCCUCCCUGACCAACUGGUCAGCAAGUCAGUCAGCCAGGGCUUCAGCUUCAACAUUCUCUGUGUGGGGGAGACUGGGAUCGGCAAGUCCACGCUAAUGAAUACACUCUUCAACACAACUUUUGAGACCGAGGAAGCCAGUCACCAUGAGGAAUGUGUACGCCUGCGGCCUCAGACCUACGAUCUCCAAGAGAGCAACGUUCAUCUCAAACUGACCAUCGUGGAUGCUGUGGGCUUUGGGGACCAGAUCAAUAAGGAUGACAGUUACAGGCCCAUAGUUGACUACAUCGACGCGCAGUUUGAAAACUAUCUCCAGGAGGAGCUGAAGAUCCGCCGUUCCCUCUUUGACUACCACGACACGAGGAUCCAUGUGUGCCUCUACUUUAUCACACCCACCGGGCACUCCUUGAAAUCCCUGGAUCUGGUGACCAUGAAGAAACUAGAUAGCAAGGUGAACAUAAUUCCCAUCAUUGCCAAGGCCGACACCAUCUCCAAGAGCGAGCUCCACAAGUUCAAGAUCAAGAUCAUGGGUGAGCUGGUCAGCAAUGGAGUCCAGAUCUACCAGUUCCCCACAGACGACGAGGCUGUUGCAGAGAUCAACGCAGUCAUGAAUGCACACCUGCCUUUUGCUGUGGUGGGCAGCACAGAGGAGGUGAAGGUGGGCAACAAGCUGGUUCGAGCUCGACAGUACCCUUGGGGAGUGGUGCAGGUGGAGAACGAGAACCACUGUGACUUCGUGAAGCUGCGGGAGAUGUUGAUUCGGGUGAACAUGGAGGACCUGCGGGAGCAGACCCACAGUCGGCACUACGAGCUCUACCGACGCUGCAAGUUGGAGGAGAUGGGCUUCCAGGACAGUGAUGGUGACAGCCAGCCCUUCAGCCUCCAAGAGACAUACGAGGCCAAGAGGAAGGAGUUCCUGAGUGAGCUGCAGAGGAAGGAGGAAGAGAUGCGACAGAUGUUCGUCAACAAAGUGAAGGAGACAGAACUUGAGUUGAAGGAGAAAGAACGGGAGCUCCAUGAGAAGUUUGAGCACCUGAAGCGAAUCCACCAGGAGGAGAAGCGCAAGGUGGAGGAGAAGCGCAGGGAGCUGGAGGAGGAGACCAACGCCUUCAACUGCAGGAAGGCAGCCAUGGAGGCCCUGCAGUCUCAGGCCUUGCAUGCCACUUCACAGCAGCCCUUGAGGAAAGACAAGGACAAGAAGAAAGCCGGUGGCUGGUCUUCCAUUUACAGUGUCACUAUUCCCUGACGGAGCAGCUAUGUGCCACUCUAGUGAUGGCUCCAGCCAGUGGUGACUCAUGUGGUGCCCUAGGCGUGGCCUGUGGUCCGGUAUAUACACACUCGCUGCAGAAUUCGCCUGUUUCCCCUUCAUUUUCAUUUUUCUAACCUAGAGCUUAAUUUUAAUAAUUUUUAAACACUUCUAAAUUUUUAUUUUGGCACCAGUAUAAAGACAAAUAAUAUCUAUCUUUCCCAUUAUUUUUAUAAGUAACACAGAUUCCCUGAUUUUUUUUUUAAACUAAAAAGAUCUCUAAACCUUCUUACAUAGAAAGCAGCCCUAUAACAUAUAGGGAGAGGUGGGAAAUAAAGUUCCUAUUCUGGCAGUGUUUGGAACUUCUUUCUGGACUGCAGUGGACCCCGAACAAGACCACGCCCAGCGUUUUUACUGUGAAUGUAAAUGGAACAGCAGCCCAAACCCUUGUCUCUGCCCUCGAGGUGCUACCUGUGCAGGGACCAAGUGCAUGUGUGUUAAGUGUCUGACUCCAAAUAAGACACCUGCUCCCGACCAGUGUGCUCAGCUCAUCGGGGAAAGGGCUGCCAUGUCAAGGUCAUUGUUACUUCUUUCCUGGCCGAGUCGUGGUGCAAGAAAAUAACAGUAUCUGAAGUAUUAGGACAAUUUGGCGGGGGAGAAAAACAAAAGAUUGGGGGCUAAGAACGUCCCCUCCAGCUCUGGCUUCCAGGUGAACACUUGUAAGAAAGUGGCUGCCAGGUGGGAUGGUGCAGGCCUGUGAUGCCAGCACUUGGGGGGUGGUGGGAAGCCAGAGACAGGCCUCAGUUACACGGUGAGGUAGAGGCCAGCUUGGGCUACAUGAGACCCUGUCUCAAAAAUAAAAGCAAGGAAAGUACUGAGAAAACCCAUUCUGCUCUGCUCCUGGUGGUUUGCCAGCCUCGGGGUUGUUGGUGCAGCACCAGCUGGACACCAGGCUCCCCAGAAAGAUCGGCUGCAUCCCGAGGAGCUGAUCACCCAGGGGCUUCUCUCUGAGAGCCUGAGGGGUCCACACUGAUUCAUGCUGCGUUCAGAUUUUUACGCCCUCAUCUCCCUCCACCGUUUCCCCCUUCCUGCCAGGCCUGCCUCUAUUCAUCCAGGACCAGUCUGGCUUCUUCCUGUCCUGAGAUGAUGGCUCAUUCAGAGUGAGCUGGAGGGGAAGGUUGUUGUGGGUGCACUGUGACAAUACCUCCCCAAAGGCCGCUGUGCUGUGAGAGGCUCCACACAGCAGGAGAAAUGCAUUUAGUGAUGCUCUAAGGAAAAGAUCCUUCGUGAUCAGGGUGCAUCCUGGCCAAAAGUCUGGACUCUCAAACUAUUUAGAGAGGCCGUUUUAAGCAAAAGGACCCAACAUUCAGCUCAGGCCUUAGAAGCCUUGUGAGCGUCACAGCUAGUCCACCUCUGGUCAUGGCAGAGCUGAUGCUGAACUUCAUGUCUGAGGCAGAGGUGAACUGCAGGCCAGCCGCUCCUCUUAGGGAAAUUGUAUAUCUGAAGGUGUAUUCACUUAGGUUCAGCCUGACCUUCAGAGCAGCCUCUCCUAGCCAGUCUAUUUCGAGACUAGGAUGACCCAGCGGGUCCACUGCUGGCUCAGAGUCCAUGCUGGGGACUCUGGAGCCAACAAAUCCUACCACCAGCACCUGCAGCGCAGCAGCCACAACUCAGGCAUACUGGAAGGCUGUUAUGGUCAGUGCCUACCUUUUGGCCCAAAGCUUGCUGGCAUCCCUGGGGAGACUUGACUUGCAUUUUCUAGGGUCUAAGUCGCUUCCCAUGGAUCCCGUCAGUCAUGGCAAGCUUUUCCCCUGCUGCGUGGGAUUUUGUUAUCUUUAGCUGAGGUUAAAUUAAUCCUUGGUGUGCAAGAAAAACGUAAAGCUUGCCCCUCGAGGCUGUGACUCCCUCCUCUUUCUUCCCUGUCGUUUGUUGGCGUCAUGGGACUGUCAUAGGAUCAUGUUGACAUUUGCUGUUGCGUCUCCCUUGAGCCAUUUCGUGUUGUGGUAGAGUCACCGUUUAAGAUACGGUUCAGACCUGGACUUCUGAGAGAGAAAAGAUCCAGUUAAUAAUCAUGCCAAAUCCUAGGCACUCCGGAAGCUAAGCUAGGAGAAUCACAAAUUCAAGGCCAACCUGGGCCACUUAGCAAGAAGACCCCAUGUUAAAUUUUAAAAAACAAAAUGCUGGACAGCUUACCUAGCAUGAUUGGGGACUGAUUUCUCUCCCAAGUCAACAGCCACCGAGCAGCUAUAUCCCAGGCCAACCAGGGUGUGUGUUCCCCCUCCUGCUGGGAGGCCUGAACCUUGUGGUUGUACAAACUGGCCCUGUAUAUGUUCGUGUGUGUGUGUGUGUGUACACCCCUUGUCUGGGGCUCCUACUGGGUAAGCAGCCCAGGAAAGCCAGCUUGCUUGUCUAUGACGUUACCAUGCAUCUCUAAAACCACUUCAGUUGUUAAUCCAUUUACUCCUCCACCCAUUGACUUGUUUCUGUUUCUUCCCAUCCACUUUGUACUCAUUUGUUUUCAUUAAAUUUUGCAUUUAUUUUGAGUUUUUUACAGUGUCAUUUUUGGGCAGUAGCUUUUCUGAUUCAAGUUUCUUGAGCAUAUUAAUAUCCCGCAGUUGUGGCCUGUACAGCCUGCUUCCGCUGUGACCUCUGUGAAGGCAGAGCUCCCAACAGAAUUGUUUCCUAGCGAAUCAUGGUGCAGACACUGUGAAGAGUUGCAGGUCCGAGACUGAGGGAAGGCAGACCCUGCCCUCAAGGAGGUUACGUCUUUGUUCCGAAAGCUUGGCUUGAGACAGCUCACCCUAUGUGUGCUCAGCUCUUGUAAUGACAUGCUCUAACGUCUCUAAUCCUUACCAUCCUAUGGUCAGAUACUAGUAUUGUCCCAGUUAGUAGGGGAAGUCCCAGAGGUUCCAUAAUUUCCCAAGGCAGCACAGCAAACAAGUGGACGAGCUGCAAUUUGAAUAUUGGUUAUCUGUAUCCUUAAUUCCUGAGCUAAAGCUGGACAUCCCAUCAGGAUCACCGGGCAAGAGUGGAAAUGGGGUCAUUGUUCGAAGUGUGGUGGUGUGGGCUGUGGGCCCUAGAUGGUUUUGUGGAGGUGGGAAGCCUUGGGAGACGGAAAUGUUUGGAUGAAGGCUGGACUGGUGGUUGGAGAGAACAAGCUGCCUCUGGUCUUUCUCCCAUCUCCACCUCCUCCGGCCUCAGGCCUUCGCUAGCCCCUGGCCCUCCCAGGUGGGGACAGAGGAAGGUGGAUUGUGUUCAGAUUAGCGCCAACCAUGGGGAUCCCCAUGUGUGUGUUGAGACGAGGUGAGUUCCUGGUAAACAACGAAAAGGCAAGCAGAACAGACCCCUGAUGGAGUCUUAGCAAUGGCAGCAUUUGCUGCCCAAGAGGAGCUCCUUCAUCUGUAGAUACGCCAGCAACAGGCCACGUCCUCCUCUGGCACGGGGCUCUUGGGGUUGCCUUCUUUCUCCAGGAGCUUAGGAAUGGGAUCAACAGGGGGACAUUCUACAGCUAGAGCCACCUGGCUGAUAGGCCUAGGUGCUAUGCAGCAGACACCCAGUGCCACAGGAUAUCCACACUGGUGUGAACCCUUGAUGAACUCCUGUCCCAUUCACACAGUGUCUUGCACAUGUUGGCCUCUGGGUGGAGCAGCAAGAGGCCAGUCCGCUUAUUACCUUGCCGGCCUGCCGCAUGUAGCUGGAGACAUCUGAAUGUCAGCUUUCUGGUCACUGUCAGCAAAUACCCUUAUCCCUGUUUUCUCCUAGUCUUCCCAGGACCUACCUGGAGGACAGUUAUGACAGGGACCAGAGGAUAGGGCUCCAGGUAUAUAUGACUAGCAAGAGGUGCACAAGAGUCCGUUAAUAGAAAGGUCUCCAGCAGCACUGAAACCAUUUGAAGUGUGCUUUUACAGACACCUCAGACAGCCAGAUGUGGUGCCAUCCAUGUGCCUGCAAUCCCAGAACUCCAGAGGUUGAAGCCGGAGGAUUUUAGCUUUGAGGUCAGCCCGGGCUGCAAUUUGGGCUCAAAAAAGGGGGUGGUGGUGGUGAAAUGACUCACCAGGUAAGCCUGCCAACUUGAGUUUGGUUCCCUAAGACCCAUGAAGUGGAAGGAAAGAAUUAACUCCCGCAAAUUAUCCUCUGAUGUCCACAGAAUAAAUAAGUGUAUGCGUGGGGAAGCUCCAAUAAGCAAAACCAGAGGAAAGGCAAAAUGGUACCCUGCCUCACAGUGUGGCCUGUCUGGUCCCUGACCACACAGUGAGUUUCUGGCAACACACUGUACCAACCCCACCCCCACCCCAUGGCUUAGCACAUUUAUAAAAGAGCAGCUCACAGGGACAAGAGUUUCAUGGGCCACCUCUAAAUUUAUGGCCCAGUCAUUCAAGUCCCCAGCUUGGGGACUGACACAGAUCCAGCCGGCAUCUUGGCCAGCUGGGCUCCACAGCUUUAAGACUGGCUUCAGACAGGCAGCUGGCUUCUUCCCUGCCAUCUGUGCAGGUGUCCUCGCUGCAGGGCAGGCUGGGCUCAGUCACCCAGCCAGCAGCACAGGACUGCAUCCCUUCUGCAUGUGUCACAGAAGCAUCCUUAGCAUGAAGUCCUCUGCACGAGGGGCUUCAGAGUCCACAGGGGAAAUGGCGCUGCUCUCUCAUCCGGACCUGAGGAGGUGUAAACCAGAACCGCGUGGGGAUGCUCAGAUCCAGAGACUUCCCAGCUUUUAGAGGGAGCCGGGUGACAGGUACAGGAGCAGUCAGUGCCAGAAUGAUCACGUGGGUCAUUUCGAGCAUGUUACGACUACCCUACUUCAUAGCACUAACUGCCAUCCUAGGAGCCUUCAUCUUCAACCUCAGUUAACUGUCAUUAAUCUGCCAUUCCAUCCUAAUCUGUCCUGAGAGCUGCUGACACGGCCCCCACUCCGUGCCUGUCACCAAACACUCAUGUAGAAGGAAGGUCUGGAUGUUAUAAUCCUCAAUAUUAAGCACCCGGAUCCUCCGCCCAUUCCCGAUCAUGGCCAUCAGACUGUCUGUAUUCUUGUUCCUCACUAGCAAAACCCCUUCCCUGUGAGUUCAAGGUUUGCCAUACCGGGGAACACAGAGCAUGAUCAUAUACAGAGCAUGGCUUACGGUCAGCCUUUUGCCGUAGCUGGCGUGCUCAGUGCGUCUUCUGGAGCCCACAAAGGAACAAGGGCCAUGGGUACCCCAUUGAGCACAGAACGUGUCAGCCAGAAGGGCCAAGCUGAUGUCUACAUGUGCUUU